AUGGCAACGCUCCUUGUGCAGCGCGUGGUGGCACGCAGCCUGGUGCCAACUGCAUCCAUUCGUGCGUUUUCAAUGUCGCGCUCUGCAGCGCUGGCAACACACAGGCCAGAGGCUCCGAACUCGACUGGCCCGACGCUUAUUUCGCCCGUUCAUGACCAGCUGAACAUUGGCCUCGACCAUAACCCAGACAAGCCACGCUCGCACUUGGCACGCCCUCCGGCUCAGGCGCCAAACUAUUCUGAUGGUCCCAGUGCACUGGAAAAGGCAGGCCAGCUGUUUCUCUUUACCGAGCUUGCGCGCGGUCUCUGGAUCACGCUGGAAAACUUUUUCCGCCCGCCAUACACGAUCCAAUACCCGUUUGAGAAGGGGCCUUUGAGCCCACGCUUCCGUGGUGAGCAUGCUUUGCGUCGCUACCCCACAGGCGAAGAGCGGUGUAUUGCUUGCAAGCUCUGCGAAGCAAUCUGCCCUGCCCUAGCGAUUACGAUUGAGAGCGAGGCUCGUGACGACGGUUCGCGCCGCACGACGCGCUACGAUAUUGAUAUGACCAAGUGCAUUUACUGCGGUAUGUGCCAGGAGGCGUGUCCCGUGGAUGCCAUUGUCGAGACGCAAACGCUGGAAUUUGCAACCGAGACCCGCGAAGAGCUUUUGUACAACAAGGAAAAGCUGCUGGCGAAUGGCGACCGCGCCGAAACAGAGAUUGCCUCGAACAUUUACGCGGACCACUUACAGCGUUAA